CUCUGUUAGGAAGACUGCAUCAUCAAAAUCUAGUGAACCUCAUAGGUUAUUGUGUAGAUAAAGGGCAGUGUAUGUUAAUCUAGGGAGGUUCUGCAGGUAUCACUACAAUGUUUUGGAUGUGAGAGUGGACUGGCACAUUGACAAAGGAAAGGAAGAUGGUUUGUAUAUUAGCUGUGUCGCCUCAUCUGUGAAUAUGUGGGCUAUAGUCAUGGAUGCAGGGACAGGUUUCACAUCCCAACUUUAUGAACUAUUCACCUGUUUACUUGCAGGAGGAGUGGAUAAUGGAACAGUGGGACAAGAACUACCAUAUCACUUCACUUGCUGGCGCAGGCAAUGGCAGUGCCUUGGUGGUAAUGUCCAAAGGCCUACCAUAUACUCAGCAGUUGUACAAAGUCAGUGAUAUAUUCCCUUUCCAAUGGAAUAAUAAGAAAUGGAAAGAAGGUUUCUCUGUUACCUCCAUGACUACUGCAGGUAGCAGAUGGGGCAUUGUCAUGUCCAGAAAUGCAGGUUAUUCUAAUCAGGUUGUUGAGAUUGAUUUCCUAUAUCCAAGCGAAGGCAUCCAUGGAAGAUGGGAGAAUGGAUAUCGCAUUUACCUCAACUGCUGCAACAGAGGAUUAAGUAACUGAAAUUUGAACUUGAAUAAGUAGUUGAACGUGAAACCGAAGAUGUGAAAUAAUUGAAAUUGGAACUCAAGCUUAAAGCUGUAAUUGUUCGUUCAACAAUUCGUUUACAGUUAUUUUAGCAUUGAAAAUUGUUUUGCUUGUGAGAAUACAAAAUAAAAUGAAGGUUUCUGGUGCUUA